AUGUAUCAACGCGCACUUCUUUUCUCCGCCUUGAUGGCGGGCGUGAGUGCUCAGCAGGUUGGAACUCAGAAGCCUGAAACCCACCCACCACUCGCCUGGAAGGAGUGUACCUCGUCUGGCUGCACCAGCAAAGAUGGUUCCGUGGUCAUUGAUGCCAACUGGCGCUGGGUUCACUCGGUCGAUGGUUACAAGAACUGCUACACUGGUAACGAAUGGGACAGCACCCUGUGCCCUGACGAUGCUACCUGCGCGACCAACUGCGCUGUGGACGGUGCGGACUAUGCCGGCACCUACGGAGCUACCACCGAGGGAGACUCCCUGUCCAUCAACUUCGUUACCGGAUCAAACAUCGGCUCGCGCUUCUACCUCAUGGAGGAUGAGAACAAAUACCAGAUGUUCAAGCUCCUGAACAAGGAAUUCACCUUCGACGUUGAUGUUUCCACUCUUCCCUGUGGCCUCAAUGGUGCCUUGUACUUUGUCUCCAUGGAUGCCGACGGUGGCAUGUCCAAGUAUGAGACCAACAAGGCGGGUGCCAAGUAUGGUACAGGUUACUGUGACUCUCAGUGCCCGCGUGACCUGAAGUUCAUCAACGGAAAGGGUAACGUUGAAGGCUGGAAGCCAUCUGCGAACGACAAGAAUGCCGGUGUUGGACCACACGGUUCUUGCUGUGCUGAAAUGGAUAUCUGGGAGGCUAACAGCAUCUCCACUGCCUUGACUCCCCAUCCCUGCGAUACUAACGGCCAGACCAUUUGCGAAGGUGACAGCUGCGGUGGAACCUACUCUACCACCAGAUACGCCGGUACCUGCGAUCCCGAUGGCUGCGACUUCAACCCCUUCCGCAUGGGUAACGAAUCCUUCUACGGCCCCGGAAAGAUGGUGGACACCAAGUCGAAGAUGACUGUCGUGACCCAGUUCAUCACCAGCGACGGAACCGACACUGGCAGCUUGAAGGAGAUCAAGCGCGUCUAUGUCCAGAAUGGCAAGGUCAUUGCCAACUCGGCCUCGGACGUGAGCGGCAUUACUGGCAACUCGAUCACCUCGGACUUUUGCACUGCUCAGAAGAAGACCUUUGGCGACGAGGAUGUCUUUAACAAGCAUGGUGGUCUGUCUGGCAUGGGUGAUGCUCUGGGAGAAGGCAUGGUUCUCGUGAUGAGCCUGUGGGAUGACCACAACUCUAACAUGCUCUGGCUCGACGGCGAGAAGUACCCAACCGAUGCUGCUGCUUCCAAGGCUGGCGUCAGCCGUGGCACCUGCAGCACUGACUCUGGCAAGCCCUCUACUGUUGAAUCCGAGUCUGGUUCUGCCAAGGUCGUUUUCUCCAACAUCAAGGUUGGCUCCAUUGGGUCAACCUUUUCCGCAUAA